AUGGCUGGAGAAGCCUGGGACACCAUCAGACAGCCCGUCCAACUAGGGAUCGGCAAUCCCCAGUUUCAAGUGGAGACUCAGAAAUAUUUUUGUGGCGUGGGCUCUCUACACCCUGAUGCCAUUCUGGUGAUUGGGGUCCUGCCCAAACUCAUUGGUCCUGAAGAGCUCCUUGGAGCCCAAGCCCUGCUAACAGGGUCUGGACUGCACAUGCAUGGGGCUAUGCUGGCAUUUGAGGACCUGCCUGAGCUCCACAAGCUUGGCAGCUCCAGCAGUAAAAGGCCAGUUGACAGGGUGUGCCCUGUGACUGCCUGUUUGCUGCUGGGGCAGGGAAGGAUUGGGCAGCAGGACAAAGUAUCCUUUGUUAGAAGACGCCUGGGGGUACUGGUUCUGGAAGAAACCUGGAACCCCAACAAGGAUCAAGUCCACAUGAGGACUGUUGCCCACCUGCAGCUGUCACAUUGGAGCAAUUUUCAGAAGGUGGGCUCUGACAUGGAGAUGUCAGAGAUUGUGCUGAGAUUAUGUUGGAGGGUGACUCGAGUUCUUCAGGCUUGGAGGGCUGGGACUUCCCAAGACUGGCUUGUGGGUCCGUACUUGACACAUGUGAACCAUGCAAGUCUGGAAUUUUGUGAUAUGCCAGGAUUCAUGAAUGUCAGACUUAAGAGCAGUGGUACAAGGUUUCAGCUCAAUGACCAGCUGGACUUUGAAUGCUAUGAUGGAUAUGAAAACAGACUUGGACACAUCACAGGCUCCAUAGUCUGUGGUCACACUGGUUGGUCUGAUACACCCACAUGUUAUGAUAAAGAAUGUGAGAUUCCUCUAAUAGAAAAAUACUUAAAUGUUGAGCCCAGAAAAGACAAAUAUAGAGUUGGAGAUAUGUUGAAAUUCUCCUGCAGACAAAGAUUCACAAGAGUUGGAUCAGAUUCGGUUCAGUGUUAUCACUUUGGAUGGUCCCCUAAUUUUCCAACAUGUAAAGUAAAGCUAGUAAAAUUGUGUGGCACACAUCCUCAACUCCCCAAUGGGGAGGUUAAAGAAAGAAACAAAGAAAAUUAUGAACACAAUGAAUUGGUGGAAUAUGUUUGCAAACCUGGAUUUUUGAUGAAGGAUCCUAAUAAAAUUCAAUGUGUUGAUAGAAAAUGGACAACGUUGCCUAUAUGUAUUGGUAAUGCCAGCACAUGUGGUGAUAUACCCGGACUUGAUUAUGGCUAUAUUGUUGAGUUUUCUGCCCCUCCCUAUCACCAUGGAGAUUCAGUGGAGUUCAAUUGCAGAGAAACAUUUACAUUGAUUGGACACAGAUCAAUUACAUGUGUUAGAGGAAUGUGGACCCAACCUCUUCAGUGUGUUGCAGCAAAUGAACUUAAGAAAUGUAAAUUAUCACAGUCAUUUAACUAUGAGAUGGUUGAGUUUGAUCAUAACACCAACAUAAGUUACCAAUGUAAAGGAAGAUCAGAACACUCAAUCUGCAUAAAUGGAAGAUGGGAUCCUGAAAUAGCCUGCACAAAGGAACUACAAACACAGUCAUGCCCACCUCCACCUCAGAUUCCCAAUGCUCAAGAUAUGACAACUACAGUGAAUUACCGGGAAGGAGAAGAAAUACCUGUUCUUUGUCAAGAAGAUUAUGUAAUUCAGGAUGCAGAAGAAAUUGUGUGUCAAGAUGGAAGAUGGCAGUCAAUACCAUGCUGUGUUGAAAAGAUUCCAUGUUCUCAACCACCUCGUAUAGAACAUGGAAUUGUGAAAGCAUCUAGUUCUUCAGAAGAAAGGAAAGAAACAUUUAAACCCAGGCUUUAUGCACAUGGCACUAAAUUAAGUUAUAUUUGUGAAGAUGGUUUCAGGAUAUCUGAAGAAGAUGGGAUAAUGUGCUACAUGGGAAAAUGGAGUUCUCCACCUCAGUGUGUAGGACUUCCUUGUUAACCACCAUAUUUGAUGACGCAUUGUAUUCUACCUCACAUAUUAGAUAGUUACCAGUAUGGAGUAGAAGUCACUUACAACUAUGCUGAAGGUUUUGGGAUUAAUGGACCCACAUUUAUAAAAUAUUUAGAAGGAAAAUGGUCCCAUCCACCAGAAUGCAUAAAAAUGUAUUGUUCUAGUUUACCUGACUUUGGUGAUGCCAUGCUCAUAGGCCCAAAGAAGGAAUCAUAUAGAUCAGAAGAAAAAGUGACUUAUACAUGUCCAGAAUAUUACCAAUUGGAUGGAUCCAAUAUUGUACAGUGUAUUAAGAGCCAAUGGAUGGGAAGGCCGAUAUGCAGAGAUGUUUCCUGUGUGAAUCCACCCAGAGUGAAAAAUGCUAUUAUAUUAAAUGAGAUGCCUAGGUAUCUACCUGGUCAGAGAAUAUGUCAUAUCCAUGUGUGCUAUCAGAAGAAACCAUGA